AAAAAUAUCUUAAAAUUAUGUCAUUUGAAAAGUUUAGAAUAUUUCAUCAGAUAUCUCUUCCUUCCAAAAUAUUAAAAGAACACACAAAAGAAUGGCAGCGCUAGCAUCAAACCCUCAGAUGUUAACGAGACAAGGUCACAGUAGUUACAAGAAGGAACAAUUCUGGAAGAAAGAGAGUUUGAGUUUGGAGAAGAAGUGUGGGUUUUGUUGCGUGAAGGUUUACAAUUAUGAAAAGCUUGGGAGGUCACAAGUAGAGAAAGAGUGGAGGUUAGAAGCCUUUUGGUCAAACGUAUCACAGCCUGAGACUGUGGAGAUGGUACCCAUUAACGAUGUUGAUGAGCUUGAAGCUGUUCUCUCUGAGGCACGCAACCUCUCUCAGCCUAUCAUCAUCGAAUGGAUGGCUUCUUGGUGUAGGAAAUGUAUUUACUUGAAGCCUAAGUUGGAGAAAUUAGCAGCGGAAUAUAAUAACCGAACAAAGUUUUACUACGUGGAUGUGAACAAGGUGCCUCAAACCUUGGUCAAGCGUGGCAACAUUUCUAAAAUGCCCACCAUUCAGUUGUGGAAGGAAGGGGAGAUGCAAGAGGAAGUGAUAGGAGGUCACAAAGGAUGGCUUGUAAUUGAAGAAGUCAGAGAACUGAUCAACAAAUAUGUUUGAUUCUCUUUUUUUCUCUUCCUCAUCUUUUCUGUUAAUUUGUACAGUAACUUUUAAAUUUUGCCUUUUUGAUAUCUGAGACAUAGAGAAUGGGGAGACAGAAAAGUAAAAUUGAUAAGCUUUGUUUUUACUUUUCAAACAAUUUGUUGACAAAUA